CCAAAUAGUUUUUUGGAAGAGCUGAAAACUUGUGCGGACGAGAGACGGAAUGGGUAUGCGAUAGUCCGGCCGCCUUCUUUUCGUGGAGAGAACAAAGAAACCAGAAAAGAAAACCUCAAGACGGAGGACGGGACUCGGCUUCGCCAUGCCGCCUCGGAAGCCGGAGAGCGGGCUGAAGCGGGUUAGCGUGACUCGGAGCCGCUCGAUGCUGAGCUCCGGUCGACACUCGGCCGUUCUGCCCUCCGUGCUCACUUUCGCCGUGAUCGUGGCGUCCGGCGGCCUGCUGCUGCUCAUCGAGAAGGGCAUGCUGAACAGAGUGGACACCCCGUCGCCGCUCGCCAACGGCAGGAGACCGGACUUCUUCUACAUGAGGCAGCAGGAGCCCGCUGUGGACGUGGAAUCGCAGUUUUUGCAGGAGAUCCGGAACCGCACCAUAAGGGCCAUGUGCGGCCAGAGGAACACGCCCCACAGCGUGUGGUCCCUCAGCCCCCUGCAGAGGAAGACCCUGCUGCAGCACAUCCUGGUGAACGAUGAGCACCGCUUCCUCUACUGCUACGUGCCCAAGGUGGCCUGCUCCAACUGGAAGCGGGUGCUGAAGGUGCUGAGCGGUGCGCUGGCGCAUGUAGACGUCAAGGGGAGGAUGGACCACCAUGCGGACCUCGUCUUCUUGUCCAGCUUCUCGCCGGAAGAGAUCCGGCACCGGCUGCGGCACUACUUCAAGUUCACAUUUGUGCGUGAGCCCAUGGCACGUCUGCUUUCCGCCUACCGCAACAAGUUUGGCGAGAUCAAAGCGUACCAGCGCAAGUACGGCGCUGAGAUUGUGCGGAGGUACCGCAAAGGGCACGCGAAGGACGGGAGGAUGGCGGCAGGUGAUGAUGUGACGUUCACCGAGUUUGUGCGCUACCUGCUGGACGAGGAUGCAGAGCGCAUGAAUGAGCACUGGAUGCCCAUUCAUAACCUCUGCCAGCCGUGCGCCGUGGAGUAUGACUUCAUAGGCUCGUACGAGCAGCUGGAGAGCGACGCGGCGUACGUUUUGGAGCGCGUGGGGGCGCCAUCGCACGUGCGCUUCCCUGAACGCCAAACAUGGUACAAGCCUGUUACCAAGGAAACUCUGCAUUAUUACCUGUGCAGCGUCCCUCAGAAGCUGCUGCGGGAACUUUUGCAGAAGUACAUUCUAGACUUCUCCUUCUUCGGCUACUCGCUGCCCAACAUAACCACUGAGUACUGUCGACACUAGCAAACACUUGACCGGGGCUGUUCCUAUUGUACAGCUAUAUUAAGCCCUUUUGCUUUCGUAUUCUAUGGAAGUUACAAUAUUUUAGUAUUUUUUUCAGAUGUUUUCCUUGUACAGAAUUGGGGAUAUGUUUGAUUACAGCACAUGAGAGCUAUUUAAGUUGUAACCACUAUUUAGAACUGGAAUUACUGCACAUCUGUAGAAAGAGGCAAGGUUACUAACAAGUGAAAUCUAUUUUUAUGUACUAAGUAAUAAUAUUGCUACAUAUGGGGAGAAAUAUUAUACUGUGCUGGGCACAAAGCUGUGAUUUUACACAAGCACAAGAUUAGCUCUGCAUUUCAAUACUGUUUUAACGUGUCCUUGUAGAAUUCCCCUCACAGCGGAAGUGUUCAAGUGGCCACUUGCAGGACAAGGGGAGAAGAAGACAAUGAGAAGCAUGUUUUUUUCCAAUGGAAGUGAUUUUCUUGUCAGUUUGCACAAUAUGGGUCAGCCUCUCAGAGGGGGGUUAAGCCUAGGUCUGGACUACCCCAAAUUCUGAAUGGAGAUCCUCCAUUAAAAGGAAAUUCCAGGACAAGGCUUAAUCCCUGACCAGGAAACCGACCCUGUGGUCUAGUUUUGUGGACAUGGAUUAAGCCUAGUCCAUGACCAAAUUGUAAUGUCAGCGGUGAUUUAUCAUUGAAAAGCCUUUUUAGUCUAGGUUUAGCUUAAUCUGGCUUGCCGGAAACCAGUCCUAUAAGUUGGCUUCAAACGGUGUGAAGUUGUACUGGCGAGUGACUUUAAUUACAUCAGCAGUCGUAUAAAACAGAUAGAGUAGUUCACUAUAUAGGGCUCAAAUGUUUUUAUGAAGUAUUUUAUUGUAAUUUACUAUAUAGAGCCCAAAUGUUUUAUUAAGUAUUUGUAAUAUAAACUAUUUUAGUGCACCAGCAUACACUUCUAAGCAGCUUUGUCUGCCAUUUUUAUUUGAAGUUUGAAAAGGACACACAGUUGGAUCGUAGUGAUUUGCUCCAGUCAUCUCUGUGAAGUUUUGCUCCUGCAGGCUCCAUUUGUUAUCUUGCUCCCUUGCCCCUCUAAGGGGUCAUCCAACAAUCUGCAUUUGAGCUAAUAUAGCCUGUGUGUCAAAAUACUGCAAGAUAAUCAAUUUUUAAAUCCCUUGAGUGUUAGCUGAGCUAGCUAGUAAACAGCGACUAGGCUGUCACCAUGACAUCAGUACAAUUUCACUUCUCUACAAACACUUAAUAUCAGGCAUCGGCUUUAUUGGUAGCGCACCCACAACCCUGCAGCAUAUCGUAAAGCUCUGAAAGUAAGAAGGCUGGGCUUCGUAACUCGGACAAAAGCCGAGCAUUUUGAGGGUAAAGCAGGCUAAAAUAAAACACUAAUAGUUACGUUUUUCUGAAUUUGUAUUUCAGUGUUUCCUCAGUAACUAAACACAUAUAGCAUUAUUAAAGUUUAUUUCUGGGGAUCCCACUAAUUUUGAUUUUGAGGCUUCCCAGGGUCCAAAUGGUUCAUUAGGGGGUCCCCAAGGAUACCAUGUAUUUUAUUCCUUGAAUAGAGUAGUGGAGCGACCCUUUAGAUGGCGUCAGGGAUUCUCCUAAGGUCAAAUGGUGAGGUCAGAGUGGAGUGAGGAUAGUAAAUACAGUACUGAAACAGAGGGUCAGACAUUCUAUCAUAGUUUUUUUUAAAUGUCAUUUAUAUAACUCUUAGGUUUUUUUCUUUAUUCAUACUUUUCAGAGAUGUAAAAGCCCAUACUCUGCAUUUUUCGUUUAUUUUAUUUCUUCCCCCAAAGUCACCUUUUAGGUCAACUUUUUAUUGUCAGUGUUUUGUGUGUCUGUGAGGAAGAAAGUUGUCCACUUUUGUAUGACCAUUGUCUAACCUUUCAUUAUCUCUUAAACACGCUGUUUAUGGUACUGUGCCUUUAAGCUUGAUGUAUGUGAAUGAUCUCUGUUCUGAUUGGCUGCCCUGUACUGUACCUCAAUCCAAAAGCAGUCAGGGCUGGAACACUCAUUAUUACUUUAAUGUGAACGGGCGGGGCUAAACUGCUGUAGGCUGAAUAGGCAUAUAUAUAUAUAUAAGUAAACUUGUUUUACAGCUUUGUUUUGGUAUGUGGACUGUAUGGACUGAGGUGUGAAUGGUACAUUUUGAAACUUAUAGAAACUGAUAGAGUUUACAUACUACAUCAGUACAGCCUCUAUGAUGACAUUUUUAAGCUGUUUCUGUCUGAAGUAGGGAAAACCCUUAAUAUACACCGAUCAGGCAUAACAUUAUGACCACCUCUUUGUUUCUACGCUCAUUGUCCAUUUUAUCAGCUCCACUAACUAUAUAGGUGCACUUUGUAGUUCUACAAUUAGAACGACAAGUUAUUUCCACUCCUACAAGACCAGACUCCUGUCUCUUUGAAUGGGGAAAGCCGUAUAAAUCAACCAGUCACUUUAAGUACACCUACUUACAUCUACACUCUAUUUUAUCAGCUCCACUUUCCAUAAAGGUGUAUUUUGGAGUUCUACAAUUACAGACUGUAGUCCAUCUGUUUCUCUGCAUAC